CAGAGAGUGAGAGAAGGAAACAAAAUGGGUGUAAAACUACAUGACUAAUCUGUGUGUUAUAUUUAAUAUACUUAUCUAUAGUUAAUUGUGCAGUUAUGUUGAUGGAAAAGUGAAUAUUUAUAUAUCUGUAUAAGGGCAGCCUUGAAACUGAGACUGAGGUUGGCGCUCUGAGUUUUCUCUGUGUGGAUUUUGCAUGUUCGCCCUUUGUUAAUGUUGGUUUCCUCCAAAUGUCUAAAGAUAUACAGGACACCUGAAUUGCUAUUGUUAAAGUGGGUUGUGUGUGUGUGUGUGUGUUUGUGUGUGUGUGUUCAUCCUGGGAUAAACUGUGCGGGUGUUGUUCCUGCUUUGUGCUGGAGGACAGCUGGAAUUGGCUCCAGUACAGUAUCUAUGUAUUGUUACAUUAUACCAGCCCAGCAUUUCUGUUAACCCGUUAAAUUCUGUAUGUGUAUAUUAUUUAUGUUAUUACUCAAACUGUUUCUGCUUUGGCAAAAUGUGCGGAUACUUGACACGGGAGGGGGUGUGUGGUAUUUGGGGUGGGAGUGAAGCCCCCUGCCCGGAGAGCAGCGCCGAUUCGAGUCGCUCAGCUGUUUAAAUCCGUCAGGCUGAUUUGUGAUCACCGGCGAUCACGUGGAGGGAGAACAUCGGCUGGGCCACACGGACAUUGUGGUCAAUCUAGUGGAAGACACGGACUGAGAAACACGGGACAGGUACGUACUUGCGGCACAUACGAGAAAAAGAAGAGAGGACUGGCCAGUCAGUCUUCAGAGACUCCCAUCGGAGUACACGCUCUGCUCUUCACAUCCCCAUUUAUGAUUUUUUUAAUGUCCGCACACUUUGCGCUGCUUUGUAUUCCGCGAUUGUCCGCCUGUAUAUCUGCUGCUUGGCGCGGUUGCGGCUUUCUUAAUAAAAAAUGGAAGUUCGCUGCAGCUCGGGGUUUCUUUUCUUUCUCGUUAAUCCAUAGCCUUGGAGCUUUGCCGUUUUUAUUCGCCGGCUGUGCGCGGCCCUCAGACUGGUCGCCUCCUCCCAUUCCCCACCCCCUGUCUCUCUCUCUCUCUCUUGCCCAGCUGACGGUGGUGCGUGCACUUGCCUGCAGGCCGCGUCACGAUAACUGAGGUUUUACUUGGAGCUCCGUCAGUUCACGUGAAAUGUCCAUUGGAAUUUGGAGACAAACAUCAGACGGCCGUUGAUCUAUUACUUGGUUCCUUCCCCUUCUGAAAGUCUCUCUCCGAGUUCCUCAAGAUCCCAUACAUCAGAAUUUUUCUGCCAAAAGCACCAGUUCUUAAGAUCUCUGUAAUGAGCUGUGAAGAACAAUUAAAUGAAUAAACUAUAAUUAAUUUUUUUGGUUGGACUUUCUUAUAGAGAUAAGAAAGGAAGCCACUGUUUCACAUUGUCCAAUAUGGAGAAGGCAUUUCAGAUUGUCCUUGGACCUCAACUUGUGAGAUACAAAAGUGAAGAGGGCAUCUCGGAAGACGUAUGCAAUGUAAAGGAGGAGACAGAUCCCACACUGCACUGGGGCCUCCUUAUGAUGAAUGGCAUAGACGUUGAUGAAGAGCACUGUAAAUGGAGGUCUGGACAUCUUGAACAGGAAAGUGUCUGCAUGAACAAGGAGAAGGAGGACAACGACUGCUAUAGUGGACCUCUAGACUUUACAGUAGACUCUGAACUCAUGUCUGACAUACAGAAAAACAAAAUUGUCAGCGUUAUAAAGGAAGAAGAUCUGAAGCAUGAGUCUGAGUGGCAGAGUUUUAAUCCAGAAGAAGAGGCUCCUGCCUCCAUACUGCAUCCUUCUGUCCAUGUGAAGCAGGAAUAUGACAUGAAAUGGAUUGCCAAAGCAUCGGCAGAAGCUUUACCAGACAAUGACAGCUUCAAUUUUUCCUCAUUAGCUCUUCAUUGCAGAGUUCAACAGACUGCAGAUGAUGAAAAUAUCAAACAAGUGACUUCUGGCUCAAAAAGUGUAACACCUGCCUCUGUGCAGGAUGAGUCUGUGUUGGUGAUGAAGCUAACACCUGUAGGUGCACUCAACAGUCAACCUCAGAAGCACAAUUCCGAUUCAGUCACAGUGCACCAAGAGCAGAGCAAAAAAUUUCAAAGGCAAUGUAAAUCUAGAGAUGGUAACCUGAGACAAACGCAACAAAGGCUUUAUCAGUGUUCUGAAUGUGGCAAACAAUUUACACAAAUUUACAAUCUCCAGAGCCAUACAAGAAUUCACACAGGAGAGAAGCCAUAUUGCUGUUCUGAAUGUGGCAAACAGUUUUCACGAAAAAACAUGCUCGAGAUCCACAAUAGAAUUCACACUGGAGAGAGGCCAUAUUGUUGUUCCGAAUGUGGUAAAAGCUUUCCUCGAAAGAAUGAUCUUCAGAAGCACAGUAGAACUCACACUGGAGAGAAGCCAUACUAUUGUUCUGAUUGUGGCAAACGAUUCACACAAAUCAGCUAUCUCCGCAUCCAUGCAAGAAUUCACACCGGAGAGAAGCCAUAUCACUGUUCUGAAUGCGGCAAACAGUUUUCACGAGCAGACGUACUUGAGAGCCACAAAAGAAUUCACACGGGAAAGAAGCCAUAUUGUUGCUCAGAAUGUGGAAAAGAAUUUACCACCAGUCAUUAUUUUCAGAUACACAAAAGAAUUCACACAGGAGAGAAGCCAUAUCAUUGUUCUGCAUGUGGCAAACAGUAUACCACAAAUAGCGCUCUUCAAACACAUUUGAGAAUUCAUACUGGAGAGAAGCCAUACUAUUGUUCUGAAUGCGGUAAACAAUUCACACAAAUGAGCAAUCUCCAAAUCCAUACAAGAAUUCACACAGGAGAGAAGCCAUAUCGCUGUUCUGAAUGUGGCAAAGAAUUUACCACCAGUAACUAUCUUCAAAUACACAAAAGAAUUCACACUGGAGAGAAGCCAUAUGGUUGUUCUGAAUGUGGCAAACGAUUUUCACAAAAGAGUGCUCUUCAAACCCACAAAAGGGUUCACACUGACAGACGCUCAGAAACUAAAAUGUUGCCAACAAAAAUGAAUGGGAAAGAUGUAAAGCAGAGCAUUCAGGGACAAUCCAAAAAUGUUUAAUAGAUUGUCAGGCAGGGUCACCGUGAAAAUAACUACUGUACACCACCAGGGAGAAAAAAACUGGAAACAUAAUGGAGAAACAUACAUGCAUAUCUCCAACAGCACAAUCACGAAACAGACUGGUCAGGACAAAUCCAGAAAACAAGUAAAUGAAAGGAAUGGAAUGGCCUGAGGUAAAUCCAAGGAGAUUAAAAGCACCCUUAAAUCUGCUGCCAACGGGAAGAUGACAACAGGCUCUGAUGCCAUAACAAACGUCUGGUUCAAAACAUCUGAUAGCCCUGCACCAGGAUACGGCCAAAUGUAAAAUCAUGUUAAUGCAGCACCCGCAGAUGACACCACAGUGCCUCACCACUGGAACAACACUCGUAAGCCUAAAAUCGGACCAAACUAACAAGCCCAAGAAAUUACUGCCCCAUGACCUGCUUCUCCGCAGUGUUUAAACUUUUCACAGCAAUCAAGUCACCUUGAAGAAAACAACAUAACGGCAACAGAACAAAAAGGAAACAAAAGAUCGUCAACUACAACAAAAACAAUGUAGCUAUUGUUAAACAAGGUGUUAAUGGAGAGCUACAAAAAGAGUUAAAACCUGAGUGUGGUGAUGUGGACAACAGGAAAGCCUUUGACGGUGUGAUGCAGUCAUGGAUACUCAAACGUCUGGAAAUGUAUAAAAUCCACCCUGCUGUCACACAUUUCAUAUCUGCCACCCUGCUCCAUUGGCAGAAAACCUGCAGCUACACCACAACAAAAGCACAAAUCACAAUCCCGGAUCAGCAAAUCAAGAGGAAUAUUCCAGGGAGACUCACGUUCACCACUCCAGUUCUGUUUAUUAAUAAAUCCACUAAGCAACCCCCUCAAUAAUAUCAGCAUCCUGAUUGAGCCAAACCCCCAGAUUGUCACAUAAUGUCUGUUUGUUAAUGAUUUGAAGCUUUUUGGCCAUAACAAAAGGCAACUCGAGGAACAGCUUCACCGGCUAAAGAAAUUCUCAGAAGACAUCCAAAUGACAUCCGAGACUGGAUAAGUAAACACCGAGGCAACUUUCAUUAAUGGAAAAAUCGGACAUAGCAAAAACAUCACGUGUGUCAUUACAGAUGUGAACCCAGAAGAAGCCUAUAAAUAUUUGGGGGUAAAUGAAGCUGUACAAAUUAACCAGAAAGAGUUACGACAGAAAAUCGAGCAAGAAUACAUCUGUCAAGAUGAUACUGAAAACUUCCCUUCGAUCACACAAUAAAGCACAGGCAAUAAACCAACUAGGCAGUCCCGUCCUCUCUUAUAACUUUAGUGUCAUAAACUAGCCACAGAAAAAUUUAUAUAAACUGGACAUAAACACACAAAGACUUCUGCAUGCACACCAGUUAAUACAAGAAUCAAUGCCCCCCACGACUAAACAUUACAGGAUCUGAAGAAGCCGUUGGGCUUAUGUAUUAUCGUGGUAUUUCCCUCUACUUGCUCUUUUACCUGUUUCAUCAAGGGUAAGUGUUCUCGUC